GUUGGUCACGAUUUUGUCGGCGGCCGACGAUUCUCGAAAUUCAUAUCUACAGUAGCAGCGUCCGACACAGCAGCAGUCUGACCCGACUGGGAUCAUAUCAAGGAAAACAUCUGCGUAGGACACCUACCGUUGGGUUCGAAGUCCAACCUCUCAUCCAAGUGGCCGCGCAAACUGUUACGCAGGGCCUCAUGGACUACCCACCCGAAACUUACGAGCCAAAACCUUCCUUCUUGGGAAUGGGAAGGUUGGAAAAUGCUCUCUUCAGGGUGUCCCACGAGCUGAUGGACUUCAAUCCUCAUCCUUUCAUUAUCCUGGGCGUCCUGCUGCCAUGCUACGUCGGAAGUCUCUGGACAAUGACCUCGUACGAGUCGGAAAUCACAGAACAUUCCCGGCGAUACUACGGCAAGCUCACCCCGUCAAUCCCUGAAGGCGUAACCCACGAGGAAGUGUUGAACUUCGAGAUGCUCAGCCGUAGGCGACAGCUCCUACCCGACACACGGCGCGAAAUGUACUCUACCUCAGAUCUGGCGUCGUUCAUUGGGUCUAUUGGUGAUUCUGGGAGACAUACCUACACAUUCUAUCUCUUUGUGGUUCUGUCGGCCGCGUUCAUAUGGACCAUGUUUAUGAGCAUGCUUGUCAGCGCCGUGGUCAGAGGACUCGUCAAAGCCGAGAGCGACGCGCAGGAUGAGGAGGACGUAGUGAACCAAGAUGCAGAAAAGGAACGAGAGGAGUUUAGGAAGGACAUGGACGAAAUUUCUCGCCGUCUGCCGGCCGAGAUGCUUCCACCCUCUUUUUACCUGCCGCGGCCUUUCCAUGCCCUUCUGCUGAUCAACAUCGUUCCGCUCGUCAUCUUCAUCAUGCAGAUCGCGGAAGCCUUCCUGCUUUGGCGCGUUGUCGUCAACUACACGCUGCCUCAUGACUCGAUACCGACAUGGGCCACGAUCAGCGAAACGCCGUCUCUGGUGUCGCUCGCCGUUUCAGCGAGCAAUAUUGAGGCAGCCGGUUCCCGCCUACUCACAAUCUUCACCGCUAUCACUCUCACUUUCGGCUGGGCAAGGAUCUUACUCGGCCGUGUCAAACGCGGCGAGCCCAUUUGGGGCAAACCACGUAGGCCAGUGAUCCCGGUUCCGACCUUUGACCGCUAUGGAAAACCCGGAAGCAAGUUUGGGAUACCCAUGCCUCCCCGGCUGGUUAAGGAGAUGGAGGCUAGGCAGAAGCCUGUAGCAGAUGCCACUAACUCUGCGGGUGGGCGUGGCGGCGGGGAUGGGAGAGGGCGAGGUGGAAGUGGAGGCGUUAGACCACCCCCGGGUUUAACCCGUGCCAGCGAGAUCACGGAACAAGUAUGGCGAGGCGCCCCGGCGAAUGAGAGGAAUAACAACAAGAAGAAACGCUAGGCAAUCCGAUACGGGUUCCUUUCCGCGUUCACUGGUUGUGGGAUCCCUCCGAUGUGUUGCCGCUUGUUCGAGGUCAAGAAUAUGCCCUCCAUGUAAAUACGCUCAUUGCAUUGCCCUGUUCUGAAUAUGAUAUCAGAUGAUGCGGAGAGACUCAUCAAACAAACUGCCAGAUCCUAU